AUGUUUAUCCCGGCAUUUGCCAACAAGAAUGUCACGAGAGGAUUCGGAGGAAAGGUCCCGUUGAGAAUACGGAUCGACGGUCCGAUUGGUUCAAUAUGUAUUGGUAGUGUUUCUGUGCCUCAGUGGUCGGCUCUUGUUGGCCGAGCCAUGCACUCAGCAAUGAGUCUCAUGACCUUGGCCAAUAUGCCUGCAGCAAGUGAGAACUAA